AUGACAUGUUCGAGAGAGGACGUCGGGGACCUGGAGGAGCCAUUUCAAGAGGACGACAAUUCUUCGCAGGACCUCACCUAUCUCCUGCAUCGAAACACCAGUUCGAGAGAGGACGUCGGGGACCUGGAGGAGCCAUUUCAAGAGGACGACAAUUCUUCGCAGGACCUCACCUAUCUCCUGCAUCGAAGUUUAUUUUAACAUUCAUUUCCAUUUCCUAUUAUUUUCUUUUUUUAAUUUAGUGAAUUUUUGUCUU